AUGAGUGUUACUGUCGAGCAGGAGGCUUACGAGAUGCCAGCUGAUAAUAAAAAAGUUAUGCUAAAAAUCGACGACGUCCAUCUUCAUUCAAGCGGCGUUUUCAGCAACGUCUAUAAGGGAAUUCUUCGUGAACCAUAUGAAAAGAAGAUUGCCAUCAAAAAGAGUUGGCCAGAGAAAGGAGAACGAAACUUCGAAUUCAUUUUUCUGACUGGACGUGAACGGAGCAAACACAAGAAUGUUAUUCAGAUGAUUUUUGCAUUCAGUCACAACUAUGACACGAAGAUCUGUGAAUCGUAUGUAUUCGACUACAUGCCGAAUACUCUCGCUGAAGUAAUCCGUCAGAAACUGACUGAUAUUGAUAUUCGUCUCUACACGUGGCAAAUAUUUGCCGGAUUAAAAUAUCUGGAAGAGCAUAAAGUGGUCCAUCGAGACUUGAAACCGGUCAACAUUCUCGUUGACCACGACACUGCUUUUCUGAAAAUAAGUGAUUUCGGGUCGGCGAAGAUUAUUGUAAAAGGAAAAGCGAACAACUUUUAUCAAGUGACUCGCUUCUAUAGACCACCCGAAUUGCUUCAAAAAGCAAUGGAUUAUAAUGCAACUGUUGAUGUUUGGUCUGCGGGUUGUAUCAUGGCGGAGAUGAUCAAACGCCACGUGGUUUUCCCGGGAAGAGACAGUGCACAUCAGAUGAAGUUGUACUGCCGUUGCUUCGGAGCUCCAACUGAGCAAGAAAUCAAGGCGAUGAAAGGAGAACUAUUGGAUAAGGAUUUGUGGAAGUAUACAAGAGGAGCUGGAUUACAGAGACUUUGCACUGAAGUCACUCCUGAUCAACUCCAGUUCAUGAAACGUAUUCUCGUAUACACUCCGGACAAACGUCUUCGAGGAAAACCACUUCUUCAGGAUGACUUCUUCCGCCCACUCUUCCGUUCCGGAGCAGUUCGUCACAAUGGACAAAAGAUUUCAGAGGUGAUCACUGCGGCGGACUAUAAAAGGGCCACCGAAAACGAGGAUCCGACGGCAGGUCGACUUGCUCAACUUGCCACUAACUCUGAUAGCAAGGAUCAAGGGAUUCCGUACUGCGAGAAGAGUAACUCUUAUGAGAAUGUCACUGUCAGAAGAUCUACUCUGAUUCCGAAAGAACAAAAAAUGGCUCGUGAGAUGAAGUCAAAAGAAGACAAUUCUGAUGAUCGCCGUCCUGGAUCAAGUGAAGAUCGCAAAUCGGAGAAUGAAGCAAGAAAGAAGAGAUCGACUGAAAUGGCGUCGGCUGGAAAACGAAGUGAUAAGAACAACAACGGAGGAAAGAAAUCAAUGAUGCAAUCGUUGUUGCAACCAUUCUCUCGUCAUGAUAAAGAAUGA